UAGUUUUACCUAUAAAUAUGACCACCGCCCAAAAGUUAGUAACAGUUGUUCGCACAAGACACUGCAGCAAAAGAGUAAACAAACAUGAUGAAGGUGCUCAUCACUUUAGUUCUAGCCUUGGCUAUCGCUUCGGCCUACACCGUUACCGAUCAACCGGCUUUUAUUGAGGAUUUGCCGCCAUCUCCAGUCUUAUCGGGACGCAUAACUAAUGGUAUUCGGGCAUCUGCAGGCCAAUUUCCCUACCAGACGGGUUUGUCACUAACCCGUAGCACAGGAACCUACUGGUGCGGUGGUUCUCUGAUUGGUUCCACAUGGGUCUUAACUGCGGCUCACUGCACUAACGGCGUUACUAGGGUCAAAGUUUACCUGGGCGGUACUGUGCGCACUUCGGCCAAGGUCUCGUACACCGUAACCUCGAGCUCUAUACACCAACACACUGGAUAUAAUGAAAAUACUCUGGCCAAUGAUAUUUCGCUAAUCAAGAUUCCAGCUGUUUCCUAUACCAGCGAAAUUUCAGCUAUUAAAUUGCCUUCGAUCUCUUCCUCAUACUCAAAUUAUGUUGGCAGCUAUGCCAUUGCUUCGGGUUGGGGACGCACCAGUGAUUCAUCCUCUACUUCAAGUUAUUUAAAUUAUGCCCGCCUCCCCGUUAUAGCUAAUUCGGUCUGCUCUUCAACCUAUGGCUCCAAGGUUGUGACUGGUAAUACGAUUUGUGUAGCUACUCCUGGCGGCGUUUCUACCUGUCAGGGUGACUCUGGCGGUCCGUUAGCCCUAGAAUCGGGUAAUGUGCUGGUCGGUGUAACUUCAUUCGUAUCGUCUAAAGGUUGCGCCUCAGGUGCUCCAGCCGGAUUCGUACGUGUAACCAGCUAUUUGGACUGGAUUAAGGGCAAAACUGGUAUUUUGUCAUCACACCAGACUCAUCCAGUACAGCAGCACGAAAUGAAGGGUCUUAUCACUUUGGUUUUUACGAGUAUCUUAGCUGCCGUUUGGACUUACAGUGUGCCCGAGCCGCUGGCUUUUAUUGAGGAUUUGCCACCUACACCUCUGUUAUCUGGACGCAUAACAAAUGGUGCUCGUGCAAAGGCUGGUCAAUUUCCAUACCAGGCUGGUUUGUCUCUGAUUCGAGGCAGGAGUAGCCACUGGUGCGGUGGCUCGCUGAUUGCUCCGACGUGGAUUUUAACUGCUAGUCAUUGCACUGUCAAUGUUACCAAGGGCAGAGUAUACUUGGGUGGCAUUCAACGCACCUCUGCCAGGAUGUCUUUCAUUGUCAACUCGAGUGCGAUUUAUCAACACUCUGGAUAUGAUCAAGAUACCCUCGUUAAUGAUAUUUCCUUGAUCCGGAUUCCGACUGUGUCCUACUCUAGAGAGAUAUCAGCUAUUAAGGUGCCUUCUAACGUCUCCUCAUACUCUAACUAUACCGGCAGCUAUGCUAUAGCUUCGGGUUGGGGACGCACCACCGACGAUUCUUCCGUCUCGUCGUAUUUAAAUUAUGCCCGUCUUGUCAUCAUACCUAAUUCGAAGUGCGCUUCCACUUUUGGCUCCAAAACUGUGUCUAAUAAAACCAUUUGUGUAUCUACACCUGGCGGCACUUCUCCUUGCAAAGGGGACUCAGGCGGUCCGUUGGUUCUGGAAUCGAGCGAUGUGCUUGUUGGUAUUACUUCAUUUAUUUCGAAAAGAGGUUGUCUGCAUGGUGCUCCGACUGGAUUUGUGCGCGUCACCAGCUACUUGGACUGGAUUAGGGACAAAACUGGCAUCUCCUAUUGAUUUUGGAAACACUGCGAGUGCAUUGGAA